UGCCUGUCCUCUUACCAGUGCUCGCACGUGGCAAGUCGAUUGGACCUUUCAAUGUGAACGGAAAACUUGGACAGAAGCAAAAGCAGAAUGUCAAUCAUAUGGCGGAUCUCUAGCGACUGUGCACACAAUGGCUCAGUUGACGUGUGCAAACCUGACAGUGGAGGGAACUAUCGCUGUUUGGGUAGGCUUGACUGGUACAUGGAAAGCUGGAGAUUGGAGUGCUUGGAAAUGGGAAGUGGCAUCGUCCACGAGUACGACGAGACUUCCCUGGUCAUCCAAGUAUAAACUUCCGUUUCAAAACUCUAGUUAUACUUACGGUUUUUUUGAUCCAAACAAGGGCUUAGUGAACUGGAUCAACAACUUUCAAGCUAGGUACCUCUGUCAACGAUAUUUGCCUAAAGAUAACUGGUACGUGUGCUCCAUGAGCAAAUCUCUUGGACUCAUGGAGAUACUUUACAUUUCAACACCUAAGACAUUUGAUGAGGCCACCACCGAGUGCGCAGGGAGAGGCAGCAUUCUGGCCAAUCUCCAGAGCAUAAACCAUAGAGAGUGCGCAAGGUCAGUGCUUGGACCACGAAAUGGUCAAUGCAACAGUUCCUCCGGCGAUAACUGCAGGAAUGCCUCGUCCGGCUGCGAAACCAAUACUUGCAAUGUGUGGGUUGCUCUACAACGACCAUCUAAAAAUUUGACAUGGGUGUUGCCUGUUCCAUCCGCAUCGAGUACAAUUCCAUGGAUAAAUUCAACAACAAGAGGUAGUGGAGAGCGAAAAUGUGGUUACUAUUCACCUGAAAAAGAGGGCUUCGGAAUCGAAUCUUGCACAAUGAAGCUAAGUUUCUACUGUCAAAGAUAUACACCAAAUGCACCCUCCAACAUAGCUGGCGACUCCACCGAAACUGAGAUCUUCGCACGUUUAUUGCAGCCACAGAUACUCUGGGAAUGGAUAUCUGGAUUCUGCUUUGUUUACGCGGAAAAUGGGACAGCGACUUACACAACUUCGGUUUGUGGCACAGGUGAGGCUAUCGUUUUGACAAACCUGCGUGCCAACACGUCGUACCGAGUCCGAGCAUUCUACACCACUACGACUGGCAUGAACAGCAGCAUCUCCCAAGAAGUCUAUAUUGGAACAUUGCCUAAAGUAAGAUGGAACGCGUGUGCUCAAACGAACACCAGUACUUGGCAAGUCGAUUGGACUUUUCGAUUUGACCACAAAACCUGGAAAGACGCCAACAUAUCCUGUCGGUCACUUGGCGGAUCACUGGCUACUGUUCAGACAAUUGCUCAGCUGCAAUGCGCCAACUCUACAGUCAUGGGAACGUCCGGUACGUGGGUAGGCCUGACUGGUACAUGGAGCCCCGGGAACUGGAGUGCUUGGAAAUGGGAAGCUGCAUUGUCGUCCGUUACGGCACAACUUCCAUGGUCCUUGCAAUUUCCAUUCAUUCGGCCUGACUACAUAUAUGGAUACUAUCAGCCAGACAAAAUCAGGUUAAGGAAUUGGGACAAACAACAAUCACUUCGAUAUCUCUGUCAACGAUAUGUGCCUAAAGAUAACUGGUACGAAUGCUCACUGGACCAAGAAGCAUCGGGAAGACUCGAAACACUUUAUAUUCCCUCACCUAAGACAUACGAUGAUGCGUCUGCUGAGUGUGCCCGGAGACGUAGCAUUCUAGCGAAUAUCCAGAAUAGAUAUCAUGGAGAGUGUGCAGGAGACCUGCUUGGACCCCGAAACGGUCAGUGCAACAGUUCUUCCAGUGACAACUGCAAGACUUCCUCGUACUUCUGCAAAACCAAUACAUGCAAUGUGUGGGUUGCUCUUCAACGACCAUCUCAAUCCAAUACCUGGACAUGGAUGUUACCUGUUCCAAUCUCAGCAAACAAUGUUUCUUGGAUUACUGCACCACUACAAGGAGGAGGUGGACGGAACGAAUGCGGGUUUUAUUUCCCCGAGAAAGAGAGUUUUGGAAUCGAAUCUUGCUCAAUGAAGCUAAGUUACUAUUGCCAAAGAUAUACACCAAAAGUGCCCUCCGCCUUAGCUGCAAACUCUACAGACACGCAAAUCUACGCACGCAUAGUGCAGCCUGAGAUACUUCGAGAUUGGGUUUCUGAUUUCUGCUUUCUGUACGCGAAAAAUGGAACUUCGGCUACCCCGACUGUAGUGUGCGACAAAAAUGAAUCAACUGUUCUGUCAGGCCUGGCAACAAAUACUUUGUAUCGGAUCAGAGCAUUCUUCAAAACUACGAUCGGACACAACAGCAGCAUGUCCUCCGAAAUCAUAAUUGGAACAUUGCCAAAAGCGCCAAAUCCGCCUCUCAACCCCGUCAUCUCAAGUACUACUAUCACGGUUUUUCUAGGUCGAAUAGAAGAAGGCAACCUUCCCAUACGCCAGUAUUGUGUGCACGGAAUGCCUGCUAAUGAUCUGUCCGGGAAUAUGCCAUUGGUACCAGUAUGCAGCGCCUCGAAAAAUGUCACCUUACCUGGCCUAAAACCCAACAUGAGCUAUAAUGUCACCGCCUUUGUUAGCAAUGCCUAUGGAGACAGUGACCAGUCCAGCUCCACUCGCAUUACCACGUUGCCCACAGUGCCAUCUUCAACAAUACCCCCAAUCUCGGGCAAUGAAGCAAGCACCAGCGGGAUCAGUGUUGGAGGAUUCGUCGGCCUAGCCGUGGCAGGAAUCCUAACUGUAAUCCUGGCUGUAGCCAUGGCGGCCAACCGAAAAAGGAUUUCUCGCUGGUUCUCAUCGAAAGAUUUUACAGUUCCAGAAGAGAGGCCACAGGAAGAUGAUCCAAUUGAACUUAACCAGUACGAGGAUGUUCAACGCAAUGAUGAAGGAGAAGCCCACAGGCCGCAAGAUCACGAUGAACAGGAUUAUUCCUACUCUGCAGUUGGUGCUCGUAUUAGAGACGAGAAACCUGCAGAAGCAGACACUGACGUGACGGUAGCAGAACACAGCCACGACAAUGAGACAGAGGCGACAGCGGCAUCGGGAGCGAGUGCACUGGAGUAUACCUAUGCCACGCCUGUUAGUCGUAAAAGAGACGUGAAACAUGCAGAGUUGGACACAGACGCACAGGGAGCGGAACACAGCGACAACUUCGAGGAACCAGCGACAGAGUUGGCCCAGUCCAAGAUUGGCUGUGAGAACGUGUUGGGCGAGUUUUUGUCACCGACUGAUGAUGAAACCAUUGAAAUCAAGUAUGCCGUUCUGGAUCGAACCGAAAUGAAGCCAACUUCGCAGUUAACAAGAAGCCAAGAUCCCAAGGUUGAAGAAGAGCGUGAGCAUACGUCAUAUGCGACAAUCUGCAACCCAAUCUAUGAUGUUGCAGGAGAUCCCCCAUCAAACACUGCUGAUGGAUUCAAAGCCGAACACAUCUAUGAUGCCGCCGUCAACGAUGGUCCCGUUCAUGACAGAAAGCAGGGUUGACGUAUCAACGCCUUCGAUAUGAUUUCGGGUCACCACCAUUAGUUCAUUGCCACCCGUGAUCAAUUCAUUGGCAUGUUUCAAUCUCUCUCUGCCACGACCACCCCCCCCCCCCCCCCCACUGCCCCAAUACGCCCGAAUCACUGAACGACGUGCACAUCCACCCCGUGCAGCGGUAUAACAUUUGUGUAGUAAACAGCCUAAUCAUGUAUUAGUAUAGAUGAGGUUUUUUCUGGAAUGGCAAAUCAAAGCGAGUUGUUAUACCUGUGAUCAUAUCUUUUCCACAACCAAGAUAACAACACUGUUUAUGUUUGGAGCCUUGCAUUGUUCGUACUUCGAUCAAAUCUUAACAUUGCAACAUUGACGGUUUUGUUUAUCCGUUCACAGCCUUGCCCAUAAGAUGGAACCUGGCAAAGCUUGUCUCAGGGUGUGUGACAGAAUAUCUGCAGAUGAUCAUGUUUUAGCAGCAAACGUUUCUCCUUGGUUCUGUAUUGCUAGAAUCAGAUCUUUUCCUCCACCUUAGUCAUACACAUGUUAGGCACUCGGCCUGGCAGUUUGUUGUAACCUCGUUUUAUUGGUGAGUUCCCUUCGGGAACGGAUACGAUGAUUUACCUUUUUUUAAACUUUUUUUACUUUCGUUUUAUUGGUGAACUUGCUCUGUAUGCUACUGAGCCUCGGAAUGACGAUCUGAUUAGCAUGUUUGCAUUGUUCUGGACUACAUGAAUUUUCGCUUUUUUCAAACUGUCACGCUUCAAAAUUCUGUAGAAUGCCUCACGCAGCUUCAUUACAAAUAAUAUCAAUUGCUGA